AUGUAUAUUUCAAGAUGGCGUUUUUCUCAACGAUAUUUAUUUACCGGUCUUAGUUUAUUAUUUUUCUCAACUUUAUAUCUUUAUUCUCAAUUUUUUCAACAACAACUGGAUUUCUAUGAUGAAAAUUCAGAACAACCAACGUAUUGUGAUCAAACAAUUAUUCGUAAACAUUUUAUGAAUAAUCAAAGUCCUAAACAAUUAUUUGAACAAGAACCAAUUCGAACAGGUUUUAAUUAUGAAAUAAUAAAUGAACUUUUUUGUUCGUUGGUAAAACCUCAUGCUCUUAUAUUUGUUGUUUCAAAAUCAAGGAAUUAUGAUUCACGAAAUGCUAUUCGUCGUACAUGGGGUAAUUUAGAUCGUGUAACAUCUCUCAAUAAAUUUUCUUAUCUUCAUCUCAAACUUCUUUUUCUUAUUGAUAUUGAUGAAACUUGUUUACUAAGCAUCAAUCUUGAACAAGCAUUAUUUCAAGAUCUUGUUCAAGUUCGCUUACCACAACAUUACACGUUAUCAACGUUUCGAGAUAUGGCAAUGUUACAUUGGACAGAAACAUAUUGUCCAGAAGCAAUAAUGACAGUAAAAACAGAUGAUGAUAUUAUUCUUAAUACCUAUUUAUUAGCUAAUGUAAUAGGUUCUAUUCUUACGAAUAUGACAAGUAGUCAAUCAAUACAUCAAUGUAACUAUUCGGAUACAUCAGCAAUUAUUUAUGGAGUUAAAAUCCAAAAUGCUAAUGUUGUUCGAAAUUCUAAUGAUCCAUAUGGAGAAGGACCACGUUAUAUUGUAGCUAAUGAUGAAUAUCCAUGUAAAAAUUAUCCUCUUUACAUGAGUGGUUUUGGUUAUAUUGUUAAUCGUAAUGCACGUUCAAAACUUCUUUGUACUUUUUUUCGAGAUAAAAAACCUUUUCAUAUAUCUGAUGUGUAUGUAACUGGUAUAUUACCUGAAUAUAUUGGUAUACAGCGAAAACAUUUAGGCAUAUUAAUAAGUUAUCAAUCAAGCGAUAAUUGUGAAAAUUUUUUUUUAAAAAAAUAUGCUGAUAAUUAUGCGUGUGCAUCAUCAUUACAUUAUAAUAAUAAGCAAGUUAAUGUAUUUGAACGUUUUAACACAUAUUGGAAAACAUGUCUUUGCUUGAUUCAUUAUAUUUGGUGUGCAACAAAAAAUAUAUGUACUAAUCGUAUUUUAUGUCCACGUCGUCAAUUAGUUUUAUAUCCACAUCUACUCAAUUUUCUAAACAAUGAUUAUUCAUUAUGUAGUCAACGAUCAGCAAAACGUGGUCCACACCAACGUGUUAUUGGUGUAUCAGCUUAUUUAUCUAAAACAGAUAAUAAAAAAUUAGUAUCAAAAGUAUGGACAUAUUUACUUGAGUAUAUUGAAGAAGCAAAAGAAAAAUAUCCUGAUUGGAUUGUUCGUGUUUAUUAUUAUUCACUUGAUAUAUCUGAAGAAGAAAUACUUCGUAUGGAAAAUAAUUAUAAAAAUGUUGAUUUUUGUGAUGCAACAAAUAUUCCUGUGCUUGGCAAUGUUUUAAAUUGGUUACCAGGAAAAAUGCAACGUUUUCUUCCAAUAGCUGAUCCACUUGUUGAUAUAUAUAUGUCACGAGAUAUUGAUUCACCUAUACUUGAACGUGAAGCAUUCAUUGUUCGUGGAUGGUUAGAUUCUCAACAAACUAUUCAUAUUAUUCGUGACCAUCAUGAACAUAGUGUACCAAUAUUAGGAGGUCUAUGGGGAAUUAAAUUAAGUAAAGAACGUUCAUUGGUUAAUAAUGUUUCACAAUAUUUACUUUCACCUGAUGUUGUUAAAUGCUAUAAAGGUAAAGGUGAUCAAAAUUUUCUUGAAGAUUAUAUUUGGCCACAUGUAACUAUGUAUGAUAAAAUGACACUUGAAUUUGAUAGUUUCUUUUGUGAAAGAUUUCCAAAUUCACGUCCAUUUCCAAUACGCAAAGAAUCACCAACACUUUUUAUUGGUUGUCGUCGACCGAAUUGUACGCAGGACAAACACCCCGAAUGUCCGAAGAAAUGUCGACCUGCUCAUCAUCCCGAUUGGAUAUGGUGUUAA